AUGCCUUUAGGAAAUAAGAGAAAACUGGAUGAAGAUUCUAGCAAUUAUGCUGAAGAGUUACGGGAUUCUGACGAUGACGUAAUUGGAGAAGGCACUCAGUCUUUUGCUGAAGCUUCGCAAAUAUUUCACGAACUGCCGCUUUAUUACCAAGUGGGCUCAGGUUUUGAGUUGGAAAAUGCGGUACGAUUGGAUGUGCAUUCUCGAAGAGAGAAUAAAAAAUACAAUGCGAAUCAAGUGGUAUUUCGAGCUAGAGUGAAUACAGAUCAACUGCCUACACAACUCCAGAACAAUCCCUUGGCUGCAGCUAGGGAAUCCGUGCGGGAGCUGUUCCGGUUGUUGAUUGAACGAUCAACGGAAGGGUUGAAACCAUCGGACUUGAUCCGCUUCUGCAUUCAAUCAGAUGGGCUGGAUAGGCCUAUAUCAACAAGACUAAUGCCUGUCUCCGAACUGACUUUGGAGAUUUUACUUGCUGCAGUACUCAAAGUGCUACAGUCCAAAGACCAAAUAAUGCUCGACUCGACCUUUUUUGUGGACAUAGUGACAUUACGAAGAGAUGUAGGAGCUGGGCGAAUAUGCAAAGUCGUCAAUCACGAGGUGGACCGCUUACGAAAGCAGUCUAUUUUAAGUAUUCCAAUGGUCGAAGAAGGAACAUGCUGUGCAAUGAGCAUUGUGUUUGCAUUGGCUCAUUUGCAUAAAGACACGAAACUGGUUGAUGUUCUGAGAGAUCGUCGACGAUCCACAUUGCAGAAUAGGGCACGGGAGCUGCAUGUUGCUGCUGGUGUGCCUAUUGGGCCAUGCACCUACGCAGAAGUAGCGAAAUUUGAGAAGCAUUUGGAUAUCCAAAUUGUCGUGAUUUCUACAGACAAUCUGAACAAGGUUAGUUUUUUUUAAUUAUUUUUUCUUUGUGGGAAUAUGUAUAAAUUUAUCUUUUUGC